AUGACUGUUUUGAUAACUGAGGAUCCUGGGAGGUCAAUCGAUGUUUACUUAAGGCCGCUGGUUGAUGAGCUAAAGGAUUUGUGGACAAACGGUGUUCGCACGUACGAUAAAUCAACUGGGAAGAUGUUCACUUUGCGGGCAGCAGUUAUGUGGACUGUGAAUGAUUUCCCAGCAUAUGCAAUGGUUUCUGGGUGGAGCACAAAAGGUUAUAUGGCAUGUCCUGUAUGCAAGGAAGAUGUAACUUCUGGUUGGCAUGCUGGAAAAGUUUGUUACCUUGGUCAUCGGAGAUGGUUGCCAUGGGACCAUGAGUGGAGGGAAAAAGAUAAAGAGUUCGACGGGAACACUGAGCGUCGCCUUAGACCCAGAGAAUGGUCCGGUGAUGAGAUAUUGGACCAGCUGAACCGGUUGGAUUUUGCUCCCUUCGGGAAAACAGUUAGUCGUAUCAGACCUUCUACACAUAUGAACUGGACGCACAAACCUAUGUUUUUUGAGCUCCCAUAUUGGUCGAAACUAAAAUUGAGGCACAAUCUAGAUGUGAUGCAUGUUGAGAAAAAUGUAUUCGACACAUUGGUGGGCACGAUUCUAGAUAUCGAGGGGAAGACAAAGGACACGAUCAAAGCUCGUCUUGAUUUGGAAAGAAUGGGCAUACGAAGGGGUUUAUGGAUGAAUAGGGACAAUGAUAAAGCUAGAAGGGAUCUUGCAUUCUUUUCUAUGAAACCGAAUGACAAGAAAGAGUUUCUAAAGUUUGUAUCGUCAGUAAAGUUUCCCGAUGGGUAUGCUUCUAAUAUCGCACGUUGUGUGAAUGUUGACGGGGGUAAAUUUACUGGACUUAAAAGCCAUGACUGUCAUGUGUUUAUGCAACGCCUACUUCCUGUUGGUAUUCGACACCUAUUGCCGGAAGAUGUAGUGAAGCCAAUCAUUUUGUUGUCCAGAUUUUUUUCCCAACUGACGGCGAAAACUUUGCGAAAAACGGACAUGUUUCAGUUGCGCCAUGACAUUGUCCAAGUCCUAUGCAAGUUUGAGAUGAUAUUUCCUCCAGCUUUCUUCACAAGUAUGAUGCACGUGAUGGUUCACUUGCCAGAAGAGGCAUUACUUGCUGGUCCUGUCAACUAUCGCUGGAUGUAUCCAAUAGAAAGGCUUCUCGGAGAGCUGAAAAAAAGUGUACGCAACAGGGCGAAGCCCGAAGGAUCAAUCGUAGAGGCUUGGGUUCAAUAUGAGUCGCUUACUUUCUGCGGAAUGUAUUUAAAAGAUGUGGAGACGGUUUUCAAUCGUCCUCAGCGCAAUCAUGAUGGAGGUAUGAGAAAUGAAAAACUUUCUGUUUUUGCCCAAAGCGCACGACCCUUCGGAGAUCCUGGACGCGGAGAGUCGUUUUCUAGAAAUGACAUGGAGGUAGCGCAUUGGUUCGUACUGAACAAUUGUGAUGAGAUCAUGGGAUACUUAUAUGAGCAUGAAGAGAUGAUGAAGCGAGAACAUCCAUCACAUUUGGUUGCCCAGAAACACCGUAAAUUGUUUCCACAAUGGUUUUUGGAUUCUGUGAAUAAGUUGAAAUCAUCGAAUUCCCCAACUUACAGUGAUGAGUUAUAUAACUUGGCGUUUGGCCCGAUUCGCGCUGAAUUGUUCUCGGGUUGUAAUGUCAACGGUGUCAAAUUUUUGGCCGAAGCACGAGAUGACAAGUUGUGUACGCAAAACAGCGGUGUCCAUGUCCCAGGUGGAGGCGAAAGUACGGACAUUGAUUUCUAUGGCAAACUCACAACUGUCGUGCAAUUGCUUUACAAAGAUCGAUACCAAGUGAUCAUGUUUAAGUGUCGAUGGUUUGACACCAACCCAAAUAGGCCGGGAAGUGUUAAAAUCGAUCAUGGCUUACUAUCUGUGAACAUGAACAGAACUUGGUAUGAUGACGACCCUUAUAUUUUGGCAAACAUGGCAACACAAAUUGUGUAUCUAGAUGACCCUAAAGCCGGAAGCGGUUGGAACGUUGUUCAAAAGAUGGAUCACAGGAACGUGUAUGCUAUACCAGAACUAGACCCAACUGACAACAACGUCAACAAUGUAGCUGACCAACGUUUAGAAUCUUCAAUGGAAAAUGAUGCGGAAACACUUCGAGAUACUAAUGUUAUACAAGAGCCAUUUCAAAUACAAGGAGUGUCUUCAAUCGAAAUACCGAUUCAGUCAAUUACAAUUGACCUCGGUGAUCUUCCGCGAUAUGAUGUUGCAGUUGGCCCGAGCAACGACGAUGAUGUAGUUAUAGAGGAGGCGGAGGAGGAGGAGGAGGAAGAGGAUUGGGAGACCGAAAGUGAUGAUAGCAACGAUAACGAAAGUUAUUAUAGUUCAGAUGAUGAAUGA